AUAAAUAAAAAACAUGUUCCUGUUCACACUUCAUUUCGCUCUAUCAUCUCUCAUUCCAUCAUCUUCCUCUCUCUCUCUUUUACAUGAUGAGCAAUUCCAAUUUGAAUCCUAUGGACAUUCCAGAAAUUAUUUCGCGUGUUGGCGACUUCCUAGAACAAGGUGAUCUCUUACGCUGUAUUCUUGUCUCCAGGACUUUCCACAAUACACUUGCUGGCUCUAAAUCCAUUUGCAAAAGGAUUGAGAUUGGAGAUGCCUAUUCAAGAUAUAGAAAGUAUCCUACUGGUGCAGCACUGCAGAGCUACAAGGAAAAUAUUGAGGAGCUUCUAUUCUAUUACAAGUUUCCAAAGGAGUACAUGUCGUUGCAAGGCUGUGUUCGCCUCCAAUCCAUCAAAUGUCAAAGCCAGAGUUUGUUUAAUCUGAGUGAGCUUUCUAGCUUGAUUAUGUCCCACAGUUCCACAAUCACCAAAUUUGAGCUCAGUACACAGGAUAAUCCAACUUUGCGAGAGAUAUGGACAGCAUUACUGGGAUGCACGCAUCUAGAAGUGUUAACCAUUUCUAGUACCCAGAUGUGUAAUGACGGGGUCGAUCUAUUCUUUCAAGUCUGCAAGAGAGUUAGGUGCUUGGAAAUGUCUUAUGUAGAUAUCAAUCGACUACCCCCCAACUUCUUGAACGACGGCACAGAUGAAUUCAUUUUCCCAAAUAUGACCACAUUACAUCUUCGCGAUGUCCGGAUAUCCACGCCUCCAACCUUUUAUUCAUCAUCUUAUUGUCUCGGCAUAUUGGCUAAGAGAUGUCCAAAGCUACGCUCAUUAAAGUUCGAUGAAUACGCACGUGGCGGUAUUUUAUAUAGAACAGGCGCCUGUGCUUUCUAUAAGGCGGUAUUCGUUGAUCAUCCCUUCACACUGACAAGUCUAUCAGACCUGUAUAUGGGAUCCUUCGGAAUAAAAGACGAGGACAUGGCAGCACUUCUCAGAAAGAUGACUGAACUAAGACGGCUAGAUAUCCCAGAUUGUGAAUUCGGUCCACUCUCUAUGCAAGAAUUACUAGCAGACGAGCAGGAGGUUCUGGAUGGUGGACACAUAGUACGGAAGAGAAGGGAUCGGAGGCUCUGCGACACAGUUGAAAUACUGAUAUUCCAAAGGCAAGGUGAAACGCCUGCCGGUGUUGGUCAAGCGAUCUUAUCCAAUUGUCCACGUCUGAAGGAAUUGGCGGGGCCCAAAGUGAAAGUGACAGAAAUUGUUGAUGGUGAAGAAUGGGUUAGCACUGAUCUCACCUACUUAGUCAUCCGGCUUGAAGCUGACGUUGACAAGGAGACUGCAGAAGGAAUGCAGAAGCAGCGCAUUGUAUUUAAGCAACUAGCUAAGAUGACUAAACUACGUGUCCUUUAUUUGACGAAUUACAACUCAGUAGCGCAAUACCGGACGCUGGACUUGAGGUUGAGAGCAGGUCUGGAUGAACUGGCCAACCUGAAGCGCCUACACUUGUUAUCGUUCAACCGUGAUAUGUGUCAGCAGAUGCAAUCAGAGGAUGUGACAUGGAUUAUAAACAAUUGGCCGAAGAUCAAACGUUUGGAUGGUGUUGUAAACUACAAGAGCAAUGCAAUGGCUAGCUUAUUUGUAGCACAUAACAUUUCAGCAGGGUUCAAUUAUGAUUUAUGAUUGGGGCUAAAGAAAAGAAAUAAAA